CAGGAGCAGCCUCCCAAAGAGGAGGUGUCAUCUCAGCCGGUCAGCUCCUUCCCUCGACCCCCCAUCUCCAUAUGUGGAGACCUGGUCCUGUCUCUGGAGUACCGUCCCGAUGCGGAGAAGCUGCUGGUGUCGGUGGUGGCGGCCCGGGACGUCCCGGACAAGGCUCGCAGCGGGAUGGACUCCUGGCAGGUGCACAUGGUCCUGCUUCCCUCCAAAAAGCAACGGCACAAGACGUCGGUGCAGAAAGGCUCGCUGCCGCAAUUCAACGAGACGUUCCGCUUCUCCCGCCUGGAGCCGCCGGACCUGCGGAUGUCGGCCAUCAGGUUCAGGCUGUACGCACUCGGAGGCAGGAUGUCCCGCGAGAAGAUGAUGGGAGAGAAGGUGCUGCGUUUAGGAGGACUCAACCCGGCCGGCGGGACGAUGGAAACGACGCUGGUUCUGGAGCCUCGCAGUAACCUCAAGAGUGUGGACUCGCUGCUGAGUCUGUCCACCGUGUCUCAGAGCGACAGCGCCUCCUCCACUCAGUCUCUGACCCACGGCGGCGUCCCCGAGCUGCUGGUCGGCCUCUCCUACAACGCCACCACGGGACGCAUGUCCGUGGAGCUCAUCAAGGGCAGCCACUUCAGAAACCUGGCCGUCAACAGACCACCAGACACUUACGGUCGCCUGUCUCUGCUGAACUCGGUGGGUCAGGAGAUCUCUCGCUGCAAGACAUCGGUGCGUCGUGGUCAGCCCAACCCCGUCUACAAGGAGACCUUCGUGUUCCAGGUGGCGCUGUUUCAGCUGUCGGACGUCACGCUGCUGGUGUCCAUCUACACCCGGCGCAGCAUGAAGCGCAAAGAGAUGGUGGGCUGGAUCUCUCUGGGUCAGAACAGCAGCGGCGAGGAGGAGCAGCUCCACUGGCAGGACAUGAAGGAGGGUCGGGGACAGCAGGUCAGCCGCUGGCACAUCCUGCUGGAGGCGUAACGCCGCCGCCGGACACGAUCGAGUUGAUUCUUUACUGAGGAAAGAAAAAGACAGAUGUUGAUCUCAUUCACUGACAGGAAGAUGCAUGUGGUUUCAGCUAAAUAUCCACUUCACCUCCGUCACUCCGCGGAGACGUGAGGAACAAAUUCAUCUGCUCCUGGAGGCUGAUGGAACUUCAAAAUAAAAUGUUUUAUUGAUCAAUCAAAUUAAUUAAUUCAAAGACAGAUGUUACACAGUGAAGAUUUUAAUCUGGAUUCAUUUGCACGAUUCUCCACUUUCUUUUUGUCGUCCAAAAAUAACUUAGUGCACAAAUGGUUUUAACUCCAUCGGCCUCAAGGAGCUGACAAUUUGUCCUUUUCUGUCCGUGUGUCUUUGUCUCUGUCACAGGAUCCUUGUGGAGACACAUUUCAUGGGUCCACGGUUAGUUUAGUGGUUGAGGUUUGGAAACUUCUGGAAAUGAAUGCAAGUAAUAUCCCCCCCAAAAAAAAUGACCUGCGACAACAUUUGCGUGUGAUAUUUCUGAAUCUGGCUGCUCCUUUGCUGGCAAAUCAAAGAUGCACAAAUGUGCACAGCAACAAGUCAAGCAGAGAGACUGCAAACAAAGAGACUGAGGGAUUUGACACGAUGAUGUUGGCCUGAAAUGAACCAGACCAACAAGGACGGAGAUAUUUUUGCUUUUCUGCAUGAGCAUGGAGGCUGCCUCAUGCGCCCGUCGGUUGUGCACAUCCUCAGAAACGUCAACGCAACAUAUAUGCAACGAGCGAAAUGCAAAAUUUUAUGACAAACAAGCUUCUAAAAAUAGCGGACGACGGAUCAGCACAUUUUUAGAAGUUGACACUUGCAAAAAUAAAUUAAGCUAUUUUGAGACUGUUACGUCCGUGCACGUCAACGACUCGUCAGUCGUCUGAGCUGUGUUUUAAUAAAAAAAGUAACAUGGGAUAAAAAACAUUAACAUAUGAACAGACAGAUUUGAAUAACAACUAAAGAGAUAAUUAAAUGUCUAAUCUAAAGUCAAGAUAAAGAGAGUUGGACUUUGUUCGUCUCAGUGGAAAAAGACGAUUUCCAAAGGACGGUGUGAGAGUUUAAACUGAUCGUAUGAAAAACAUGAAAAAUGUUUGGUGGGUGACGUAACGAUGGAGCCAGUGUUCUAGUUCCUGUUGAAGAGAAACGCUGGCGAGUAGAAGUACGAGGAGAGAGGAGGAAGAGGAAGAGGAGGAGGAGGAGGGCGUCUCAUUCAUAUUCAACACUCAUUCAUAUUCUCCUGACACUCGUGUUACUACAGGAAGACCAGCAGCUGGAGACUCUUAACCCCGGCGGGAUGAGAGCCCUCACCCCCACCCCACCCCCACCCCACCCCCCCACCCA